AUGGCUGAUCUUUCAUCUGGAAAUGAAUUCAUCUGCACAGAAUGUGGUGAAGGAUUUAAUCAGUAUCCAGCAUUAAUCAGUCACAUGGCUAUCCAUGGGCCCAUCGGUCCUUUUUCUGCAAAUGUUGAAAGUGCCACUAACAACUGUGAUGUACCUAUUGAAUUUGCACUUCAUGAAAAUGGAACACUCACAGUAGUUGAUAAGUCUGCAUUAUCUAAUUUCACCUUCUUAUUUGGGAAGUCAGUAUCAAAGCCAUCGUUAACUGAAGAUUCAUCGCCUUCAAGCAAAACGGCAGAAAAUGACCCUGCUCAGUGUAAAUGUGAAAGAUGUGGUCAGAUGUUCAGGAACCAGAAAAGUUUACAAGAGCAUCAGAGAUAUCGUCCCCUUGAGCAAGGGUUCAAAUGUACCUUGUGCUGUAAGAUUUUCCAUGAUAGAGAGUCUCUUCAUGGGCACCUUCAGAAUCAUGCUCAUGAACGUUUUUACAGCUGUGGACACUGUGGAAAACGAUUCUUAAGACAAGAGACAUUACAGUUACACCAGAAAGAAAGGCAUGUGCCUCUUGGAUCCAAGGGUUCAAGUAAAAUUGAUGAGGACCAAGAAAAUAGUCUAGAUAAAUCGUACCCCUGCAAGAUUUGUGGCUUGCGUUUUUUUUGGUUAUCUGACCUGCAGAGCCAUCUAAUCACCCAUUCUCAUGUCAACAAACUGAGUGUUACCAUCAUACACAAAGAAAACAUUCAGGAACAGGACGAAAACUGCCUUAAGAACACUGACUCGAACUCCCCUGAUGAUUCUGUAGAUCGAUCAUAUCGCUGCGGUUUGUGUGGAGGGCGCUUCGAUUCUCUGUCAGGUUUAAAAGAACAUCAUCUCUCUGAGCAUCCAGAUGAGGAGUCUUCAGAAUCAACAACUCGGACCAGACGACAGCCGGUUACCUAUUAUGGCAUAAUGCGUCAAAUGGUUUCAAAGCAUCAUCUGCAACGGCUGGAUCCUUUUAGACCGAGAAUGAGGGGAAGACCAAGAGGAGGUACCAGAGGUAAUCCUAACACUAAGGUAUACCCUUGCAAACAAUGCCAUCGAGUAUUCGUACACUCUAGCAGUCUGUCACGUCAUAUGCGCUACCACAAGGGUACCCUCCAUACAUGCCUUUACUGUGGCAGACACUUUCCGCAAAGAUGUGAUGUCACAAGACAUGUUGCCAUGUAUCACAGUUCUGAAGUAAAGGUUAAAGGUGGUAAUGAAAAUGUAGAUGAAGAUGAAAUUGCAGAUCACGAGUCAUCAGAAGUGCAUCAUGAAAGUCAGGAGAACAAAGACCAGCAGUCACCAAAGCCACUAGAUAAAAAGGAGUUGCCAGGUACUAAAGAGAUCCUUCUGUCCACAUCACGGAAGACCUACAAAUGCAGAGAAUGUAAUAAAGUCUUCAGGCUGCUUAGUGUAUACCAGAGACAUGUACGUUAUCAUAAAAGAGACCCUACCAGGGUGUUGCUGAGCUGUCCUUGUUGUCCAUGUCGCUUCACUUUCCGCUCUGCUCUAGAUCGCCAUCUAGAGAAUCAUGACAAGGAAGGGUCUGGGAAGAACGGCCAGAAAAAAUCAACAACUGCAGAAGUCGAUAUAAAUAUAAAAAAUAGCAAUGAUUUAAGUAUUGAAAUGAGAUCAGACAUGAACACAAAACCGAUAUUUCUACACACAACAGAGGUGUUUUAUGAAUGCACUAAAUGUACUGCAACCUUUUCUGACCUGCAGAUAUUUCUUAAACAUCAAAGUGCUCAUGGUUAAAAGGACUUGUUGGGAUUAUAAGACAAUGUAUGGUGAUAGGAUUUAACUCCUAACACCUUGUUACAUGUAUUCUAAAACAAAUUAAGUCAUUUAUGGUUUCCCCUUUCCCCUUUUUUGUACUUUUUUUUUUUUUUUAAUUA